AAAUUCUCCAUGGGUCUAGAGAUAUCUCAAUCGAAGUGGGUCUCAUUGGGAUUUGGGGGUGCGAAGGCUGCUGUUGGGAUGCCGGAAGAUUUCAUUAGUCAACUUCUAUACAAUCAGAUGAAGAACGGAGGCCCCAGCCCCCAAACAAGUUGCAAGAGGUCGGCAUUUCCGGCUAAUAUUAUAUAUUUAUUCGCCGCCGGUUGGCAUUUUCACCUACUCUGCCCAUUCAUAUAUCCAUUUCGUACAAUGUUCUUCCCCGUUCAAAAUCCUAGCCCUUUGCCGCCACAAAUCUACACAGGUCAUAAUGGAAGACGAUGGUUCCCAGAAUCAGGUAGCGUCUAUCACUUGGGACGAUGAAGUUUAUUCGACGAUCAGACGGUUCGUAGUUUACGAGAGAGAGUGGAUCUGUUCGAUUCAGAUUGAAUAUGAUCGGAAUGGAGAAUCAAUUUGGUCGCCCACACAUGGUGAAAACGAAGGUUCUGUAUCGGAGGUUGUUUUAGAUUAUCCAGACGAGUACUUAGUUUCAAUUUAUGGAUACUAUGGUUCUAUACGUAACUGGGGAAUCGACGCCACCGUGAUUCGAUCAUUGACCUUGGAAACCAACACUAGAUUUUAUGGACCCUUUGGAGUUGAAGAUGGGAAGAAAUUUUCAUUUCCUAUUACUGGGGGGAAGAUUAUUGGGUUCCAUGGUAUAUCUGGUCGCUACCUCAAUGCAAUUGGAGUUCAUGUACAAACGAUUCAAAAAAUUGGGGUCCAGCCUGAGCCUCCACCGGAGCACUUGAACAUGGGACAACAUGGAGGCAAAGGUGGAGAUCCUUGGGAAGAAACUUUUCAAAUACUCAAACGGCUGAGGAUUUAUCAUGGCCUUUGGAUCGACUCCUUUCAAAUACAAUAUCAAGAGGAGGAUGAAUAUGGAACAUUAGUGUGGUCUGAAAUUUAUGGUGGUGAGGGAGGUUUUCUAGCAGAGGUUGUUCUGGAAUUAGAUGAGCAUUUUGUUUCGGUUCAAGGCUACUACAGUGACAUACAUAAGUGGGGAAUUGAUGCCACUGUGAUUCGAUCCUUGACUCUAAAAACCAAUAAAAGAACUUAUGGGCCAUUUGGGAUUGAAGAUGGAACCAAAUUUUCAUUUCCAUUUCAAGGGCUAAAGCUUGUUGGCUUUCAUGGAAGAUCUGGCGUGUAUCUGGAUGCAAUUGGGCUCUCCGUAUGUCCAACUCAAAUAAAUGGGGUUGGGCCUACGAAAUUUAGCUUAGGAGAAUAUGGAGGCAAAGGUGGAGAUCCUUGGGAAGAGAGUUUUAGAACAAUGAGGCAACUGGUGAUUAAUCAUGGAAUGUGGAUCGACUCCAUUCAAAUGGAAUAUGAAGAUGAGAAUGGGGAGUUGGUGUGGUCCGAGAGGCAUGGUGGAUAUGGAGGUUCCCAAUCAGAGGUUGUUAUGGAAUUAGAUGAGCAUCUUGUUUUGGUUCAUGGCUACUACAGUGACAUAUAUGAAUGGGGAAUUUCUGCCACCGUGAUUCGAUCCUUGACUCUAGAAACCAAUAAAAGAACUUACGGGCCAUUUGGGAUUGAGGAUGGAACCAAGUUUUCAUUUCCAUUUACAGGGCAAAAGCUUGUUGGCUUUCAUGGAAGAUCUGGCUUGUAUCUGGAUGCAAUUGGGCUCUCCAUAGAUACAACUCAAAUAAAUGGAGUUAGGCCUGAGAAAUUUAGCUUGGCAGAACGUGGAGGUGAAGGUGGAGAUCCUUGGGUCGAGAGUUUUAGGACAAUCAGGCAAUUGUUGAUUAAUCAUGGACAGUGGAUCGACUCCAUUCAAAUGGAAUAUGAAGAUGAGAAUGGGGAGUUGGUUUGGUCCGAGAAGCAUGGUGGAAAUGGAGGUUCCCAAUCAAAGGUUGUCCUAGAUUUCCCAGAUGAGCAUUUUGUUACAAUUCAUGGCUACUAUGAUGAUAUAUAUGACUGGGGAUUUGAUGGCACUGUGAUUCGAUCAUUGACUGUGGAAACCAACAAAAGAAGCUAUGGGCCAUUUGGAGUUGAAAAUGGAACCAAGUUUUCAUUUCCAACUGUUGGGGUGAAGAUCGUUGGCAUCCAUGGCAGAUCUGGUGUGUAUCUUGAUGCCAUUGGACUUCUUGCACUCUCAAUUCAAGAGUAGUGCUACCCUCUUUCUACUUGUCAUCCAUUAGCAUUUUGUAUUUAUAUGCUUCUAAAGUCAGUAUGUUUAUCAGUUUAUGUAGUUAAUAACUCUUUUAAAAAAGAAUAAAAAUCAUUUUAUCCAAA